AGAUCCCUCCCCCUCCCGCCCGCAAUCUCCCGCCAAGCCCCGCCCCCUGGUGGGGGAAAGGAGUCGGUAGGGAGACUCUUGGGGACAGAAGGCGAAGUGGCGUUGAAGGAACGCAAGCGGGGAAGGAUUUGGGGAAGAAGAUUUAUCUAUUUUUGAGCUCAAAAGAAAUUAUUUAACAUCUUGACUUUUUUCAACAUCAGUUGCAAGUUCAUUAAAAGGAAAUUUAGUCUGUGCAGAUAUGAAGAGGUGAAGUUUCACUCCAUCAAUAGGAGGUCAGAGUUUAAAAGAAAUUCACAGUGUGGUUGCUGCGCUCAGCUUUUAAAACUGCAGUGUUCAGAGUUCAGGAAGUCUUGUGACAAGAUCAGCCUCAAGAUCAGGGGCUUAUUUUCUCCAUUCUACCUCUACUCCAGAGAAGCAACACAGCUUUUGCCCUUGGUCUUCUGAGCCUCUGUGACCCUAUUCAGACAACUCACCCAUCUCAAUGAAAUACAUGGUGUUCGAGCAUCAGUGGUAUUACUUUGUGUUUUGCUUUAUGAUGGAAAGGAGUUGUAACACCCUGGGGCUCUAGCUGUGGUUACUGUCUAUCAUGUGAUGUCAGCGUGAGACAGAAGCAAAGACAGACAUGCAUUCCAACCACACAACUAAUAAUGGCUGCCGAGCACAGGAAGUUAGACAGUUGAUCAAGAAGCAGCUGGUGAAUUCCAUCAAGGCCCUGCAGAAGAAUUAUGUGACCUCUGAUGCGCUUGUAACAAGUGAGGAUCAAGAUGCUAAUACUCUUUGUUGUGUAUUGGAGGCUGUGUUUGUGCAUGGUUUGAACACUAAGCACAUCAAAGCAGAGGUUGGCACAAAAGGGAGAAAACAUGGAGAGCGACGACUUCCUCAGCCAGUGUUUUGGACUCUGCUAAAAUCUAUUACUCACAGAAACAUAAUUUCUGAGCUGGAAAACUUGGUCUUCAUCAAUACAGAUGUGGGGCGUUGUCGUUCGUGGUUGAGGCUGGCUCUGAAUGAUGGCCUGAUGGAGUGUUACCUAAAACUCUUGCUUCAUGAAAAGUCUCAACUCUCUGAAUAUUACCAUUCACCUGCUCUGCUUCUGGAUACUGAGGAGGUUGAAUUUCUCCUCAGUUAUCUGCAGGGCUUGUCUUCUCUGGCUUUUAACCUCUCCUAUAAGUCAGCAGUAUUGAACGAGUGGACCAUCACACCUUUAUCCUUGUCAGGCCUUUGCCCUGCCUGGGAACUGUUGGAUCCUCUUGUGGGGCUGGAAUCUCAAAGAAAGGAGUCCCUUAGUUUUCUCUCACAAUCUUCUGGCUCUGAUGAAGUUGAAGCUCACCCAGCCAUCCUGCCUGUCCCUAAAAGUCAACAGGCAGAUAAACUCACAGCUUCCAACUUGAGCAUCAGCACAACUGGUUCCUCACAGCUCUCUUCCAGCCUUGACUCUGACAUUCUCGUCCCAGCCAAUUCUCCCAGCACCACCAGCCCAGCUACAGAGAAAGAGCCCAUCUCCAAUGACUCUGAAGUUGACACGACGACAGCAGCAGCAGACUUGGACCAGGACCUCCAAGAAGUGUUAGCAGAAUUUACCAGGACACAGAGAAAGUUGGAAUCUGUAGGAGUUCAUGAAGCACCCAUUGUCUUUCAGUCUUCCCCACCAGCGUGCCCCUGCCCUGCCACCAGUUUCUGCACUGUGCACCUUCCUCAAACUGUAAUGGCAAAAGAUCCUGUUGACCUCAUGCUACCUGCAAUAAUGACUAAUUCACAGCUUCCCAAUUUACCUAAGAGUGGAGAAACUGUUAGUAGUACCAGUGUCCAACAGACAUCAAUGCUAGCCACAAUAACUGUGACCAAAGAACCUGUGGAUGUGACCCAAAUUCAUUGCAACAUCAAGAGAGGAGCUAAAACCUGGAGCAAUGAAGUCAAUGGUUUUGAAGGAAGCCUUCCAGGAACAGACCAGCUUCUUUCACCAGUCUCACCAGUGGUCUGCCCUAAAAGAAGCUGGAUCACUGAGGAUGAUUUUUACCUUCCUUCCCCUCCUGAGGAAACAGAAAAAAGUCUCUCCAGUUCUCCCAGCACUUCACUGGAGAGGCUUACCGGUAGCCAUUCUGCCAUGCCAUUGAGAGUCCCAGAUCCAGGCGAGCUCUCUGUAUCCUCAGCAGAGCUCAGCAAACCUAAACUGUCUCCUGGAAGGGAGCUGAAGGGCUUUAGUGUUGUUCAUCGGAGACAAAUAGGUCUUUCCAAUCCAUUUCGGGGUCUGCUGAAGUUGGGAACCCUGGAACGUCGAGGAGCUAUGGGCAUCUGGAAAGAGUUUUUCUGUGAGCUCUCUCCUCUAGAGUUGCGGCUAUUUGUAGACUAUGAGAAUCGAGUGUGUGUAGAAAACUGUUCUCUGCUGAGAUGUGAGUCCUUAGGAUGGGCUCACAGUGAUGGGCGCUUUGAGCUAGUCUUUUCCAACAAACGAUUGUAUCUUCGGGCUUCCUCUCGGGAUGAAGCAGAGGACUGGUUGGACCGGCUGCAUGAGGCCGUAAAAAAGUAUAGGCUACAGCAGGAUGAAGGAUGGGAAACUCUAGACUACCCUGAGGCUGCAGAGGAUUCUGAGGAUUUCUUUGGAGGUGGACCACCUGGUGACUUGCCUUCCUUCUCGGGUUACAAUAGAACUGGCCCAACUGAGUUGGACUGGUCAUGUGCCUUGAAACCCGAGUUAGAUGCAGUCAAGGAAUCCGUCCUGUACCUGGAAGUUGAAAAAGCAUGGGUCCCUUUGGUAUUCUCCUUGUCCUUAGAAGCCUUGAAAUGCUUCAAAGCCAGAAAUGAUAAAAAGAUACUGAACAACAGCUUUGGAAUUGAGACCAUCCAGGAUAUCCUGCCAGAUGUGAGCCUGGGUGGACCUGCGUUCUUCAAGAUCAUCACUUCAAAAGCAGUACUGAAGCUGAGAGCUGAGAACGCAGAGGAGGCAACUGAUUGGCGAGACCUGGUCCGCCGAGUGCUCAUGUCCUACUUGGAAAUGGCAGAGGAGGCCCUCACGCUUGGGGGCAACCUGGAUGGCAAUUCACAGGCAAUCCUGAAGAAUACUGUUAAGGAACACGGAUACUUGCUGCAGUAUCUGGUUGCCAUCCCCAUGGAGAAAGGCCUGGACUACCAAAGUUUCAUAUGUGCAGGCUGCUCCAGGCAGAUUGGUUUCUUCUUUAUGAAGCCUAAGCUGUGUUCAUUCACUGGCCUCUAUUACUGUGAUAAUUGCCACCAAGAUGAAGAGUCUGUGAUACCUUCACGUCUAAUUCAUAACUGGGAUCUUUCCAGAUAUCCGAUUUGUUGCCAGGCUCUGAGAUUCCUAGCCAAAAUUCAAAAUCAACCCUUGAUUGACCUGAAGCUGGUGAAUGAAACCCUCUAUGACCAUGUAGAGCAAAUGAAACAGAUCUAUCAGAAUCGUGAGCAGCUGAAGCUAUUGGGUGAUUACCUUGUCCUUUGUCGCAGUGGUGCCCUGAAGGAGAUCAGUAAGAGGCUUGACCAUCGGCACUAUCUCCUGGAGUGUCCCCAUAAAUACAGUGUGGCUGACCUGAGGCAGAUAGCAGACGGUAUAUUUGAAACUUUUCUUCAGUCGCUGAUCCAAUUUGCCUCCCAUCAUGUGUACUGCUGUGAUCUUUGUACUCAGAGGGGCUUCAUCUGCCAAAUAUGCAACAAGAAUGAUAUCAUCUUUCCCUUUGAAUUUGAUACAACCAGCAGGUGUAGUGAGUGCAAGACUGUCUUCCACAAUAGUUGUCAGGCAAAUGUCAGUUUCUGCCCUCGUUGUGUCCGUCGGCAGAAAUAUCACCAGCAACUGCAAGAAUUCCUUUGGAAAUGAUCUCAACUGUGCCAGUCCUUUGGAUAAGAUUCUGGAAUUCUCCAGAAGGCAAUUGGAAAUCAGAAGCUUAGGAGCAAUGGAAAAACACUGCCAGCUGCACACCUUCUGUCUGGAUUAGAGUCCUACAACAACCAGUGCACCUUGCCAUCAGCUCUGGGAAAGGAACCCACAGAGAUACUUCCUCGAAUUCACCCAUUAUUGCCAUUAAUCUUCAUUUAUUCUUGCCUUCCCAAGCAAAUUCAUCCUUAUCCUGACAUUGAAUACUGGAUAUUAAAGGGAUAUGUAGCAAGAACUCCUAAGAAGACUGGUUUUAGUGGAUGUCUCUUGAUUUAAAUCACUGGAGAAAGGAAACAUUGUUUUACUUUUAACAAAUGCACUUUCCAGCAGAUUUCUUGUGCCUUCUACACUUUACACACUGCUCUUAAACUGUCUUGUGCCAAAAUAGCUGCUGAAUUCUUUAGAAAGGCAUGCCAUCUUUGGUGUCCUCAAGCAAAGUGACCUUCUUAUAAAUAAGCUAUUAUUAUUCUCCUCCAUUUAAAAAAACGCUCAGUCAGCAUAUUUCAAACUUGAUUUUAAUAUUUUCUUUUAUUCUCCUAUGCAGAUAAUUAACUUUAUUGAAUAAAUAACAGACGUCUUUUAUGAAUCCGUUACUUCAGUGUAACGCUUAUUUGCAAAGUAACUAUAGCAUUCUUGUGGGCUUAUGUUCACCCAGAGAUCAAUACCAUCCUGUAUUCAGGAACAUGUGCCACAGAGAAUCCUAAUAAGACUAAAGAGAAAAGGUUGAAACCUGGAUUCUGGAAGAAACUGGAUUCAUUCAUUCAUUCAAUUUGUACAACUGCCCUAUUCAAUAAGUGACUCUUGGCAGUGAACAAAUUUAAAAUACUUCAAAUACCAACAAUUACAGCAAUACAAAAAUUAAAAUACAUAGCACUUGAGAAAGACAUCCUAUAAUCACUAGCGCAACCAAAAAACAAGUCCCUGCACAUGCUUGUCCCCAGGCAGAGGAUGAUAUUACAGCCAGAAUAGGAAGGACUUACCUUUUUUAGAGAGUAUUAUAGUAAAAAGAUUGGUCUAAGGUUUCUAGAGAAGUAGGACACAUAUUUUUCCUCUUAAAAUCUAUAAAAAUGGAAGAGCCUGAAAUAUUGACCAUGUCCAUUCCAAGGGUUUUCUAAAUCCAAUAAAAGUUCAAAAGCCAACUGAUUAAAUAAAAAUGAAGAUUCCAAUGAUGUUGUUAUGUUCUGGGUGAAGAAUGGAGAUGAGGCCAGAAUUAUCUCUGUGAAAGGUUUAACCCAGAGGCAUCAAUAAGGUAGCUGAGGAACUCUACCUGUAGAACAGUGAUCUUACACUUUUCUUUUUAAACUUGAGCCAACUUCCUGGAAAUUGGUGAAUACUACUCGCAGACGGUCAAGGAGUUCGGCAUUGUUGGCCACUGACACUAGAACAUCAUCGAAAUCGGGGAUGAUACCUGGGAUGCCCUGCAGGAGAUGCUCCAUCAGACUCUGGAAAAGUCCCAGUGCCAUGUUCACCCGAAAUUGUAGCUGGCAACAUCUAAAAGCUCCUUGAUAUGUUACAGUCGUCUGAGUCUCCACUGUGGCGUCAUCAACUGGAAAAGGUUGAUAGGCUUGGGCAAGGUCCAAUUUAGCAAAGAUCUUACCCUCACCCAAAGAGUGCAGUAGAUGUUGGACCACAGGCACCGAGUAUUCAUUUUGUUGUAGUGCUUUAUUUAAUGUACAUUUAUAGUCCGCAUAAAUGCCAACAGAACCAUCCAGCUUCACAGGGAGUCACAAUUGGAGUCUCUCAUUUUGCGUGGUCGAUAGGUUCCACGAUUCCUUGGCUGAUGAGCUUGUCAAGUUGUCAUCAACCUUUGCACGCAAAGCAAACGGUACUCUUCGUGACUUCUUUCGGAUCAGAGAAACCUGGGGGUCAAGGUUAAAUGAGAUGGGUGUGCCCAUAUAUCUGCCCAGACCCAAAAUGGAAAACCAGUCCAAUCCUAGGAGACUCGGUAGGGAGCCAUCCACUACAAGCAGUAACAGUGGGCCUGAAAAGUCCCUAAAAGAUACUCUAAAAGUGCCAGGGCCAAUGACAGAAACGGAUGUAAUCAAGAACAGAAUUGUGGGGCAGAGUAGAAUUUGCUGAGAUUGAGAAACAUUGCAGCAGGGAGGGUGGUACAUGUGGAUAAGACUCAACAUUGCCUAGUUGGGAACAAAUCUCCAAAGUAGCCUGCAAAGUUAUGCAAUACUUUAGCAUUAUCCAUUCAUUGGGGGGGGGGGAUUAACUUGUGAUAAAAGCUAACAUCUGAGAAAUGUUGCCUGCUAGAUACUUGGGAAUAGGACUUUCAAAGUGACAGCAGAUUUCAAGGAUGGCAAAGAAUAAUGUGUCCAUUAAAGUGGCAUUAUCUAGCUGACUGAGGGGUUGGAAAAGCUAAGCAGAGUUGGGUUUGGAUGGGAGACUGCUAAAAUACCAGGGCUUUAGACUAGACAGGGAAGUUGUGAGGUGGGAGAAGGGGAAAGCUGAGAAGGCAGCAGUGAUAGCCACUUCCAUGGCACUGCUUGAAAGCAAUGUAGUUGCAUCCAGGACAGCUUCCAAAGGUGAGCUCAAUUUGAGGGCAACUUCAAUUUUAGCAGUUCUUUGUUACUGUUAUUAGAGCAAGUUUGAUUUUAACAGGGAGAUAACAAAAUAAGCAUUUGGAAAAUCCCAUAGUGUUGCCAAUAUGUCAGGAAAGCUAUUAAAUAAUGUUAAGAAUUAAGGGAACACAAACAUUUAUAAAUAAUGGCUUCAUACAACACUGAGUUAGAUAGGAAGAUGAUGUUUUAAUGGCAACACCUGCCAAACAGGCAGGCAGUGAAGUUUGUAUGAGUCUGGAGGAAAUGCCUUUUAAAGCUGGGCUUACUGCACUGAAAAUGGUAUGUGAAGCCUGAAAUUGAAAACUGGAAAUUGGAUGCAGCAACAGUUGCUAAUAUCCUGGCUGGAAAUCAAUGAACAUGCAAUAUCUGGAGGCCAUCAAGUUAAAGAAGGUUACCAAGUUCUAGCAACAAGGUUACCACUAGGCAGGAACCAGCAGGUCUUCCAGAGAUGAGCCAGCCCUAUUUUCAAGGCACAAGCAAACAUCAUAAACUGUCUAGAAGGGAGAAUUCCUCUGUGACUUCAGAUAUGAUUGCCAAUGAAAUUCUGAGUAUGAAAUUGUACCCUCCAUCCAAUCAUUUCAAGUCAGGGUACCUGGAGACAUUUUACAGCAGGCUUUCAAGAACUGUUGCAGUAGAGCCAGGAUAUUAAAUUUGCAAAUAUCUAUAUCGCUAAUAGAUGGCAGCAAAGAGAUAUUGAGAACUUUUUGAGGUAAGGAAGGAAAAACAAAGUCCAAAUGUCCUUGGAAAGAGGUGGGGGGGAAACACCUUUGGGACAACCAGACCUUGAUGACUGAGAAUCUCCAUUAACAAUCAGCCUAUAAUGGACUUUGUUUUUCCUUGAAGACAUUUCCUUCUCAUCCAAGAAGCCUCUUCAGUUCUGACUGAAUGGUGGAAGAGGGAAGGAUUUAUACUCCUCAAAGUCAUCUGGUCGUUAGCACUCUUUCUGAGAGUAGUUGAGGCCAUUUGAAAGUUUCUUUGUGCCCUCAGGGUCACCUUGACUGAAUAAGGGAGUAGUCCAGAGGUGUAAUAAAUUGCUUGUGGUUUCCUAAGAAAUAAGGGGUCCAUGCACAUAAAUGGGAAUAUAUUACUGUGGAGGAUCAAGACCAUCUCUUUUCCAGAUAAAUGAUUCCAGGAUAGAAAGCAGCUGAAUUUUUCAGUACAAAAGUUGUGAGCCAUCCAGUUGGGAAAGAAAAACAUUUCUCUCCGGAUGUUCUCAAUUUUCGUAUCAAGAAUCUUCACACAGAUAAUGAAGGAAGAAAAUAAACUUGUGUACAACAAUGCAUACCUGGUUCUAUCCAUUGUAUGUAUUUGUCCAAAAGCCAGAUUUAUAAGGAAACUUCAAAAAGAGUUAUUUUUGUAUACAAUUGUACAUUUUCUGUAACUUUUAAGCCUGAGUAUGUUUACUAAUAUAUUUUUACCCUAUCAACAUGGAUCUUUUUUUAAUUUCCCCAUUUGGAGGCAUGUGUUUUCUGUCUCCAUAUUAGAGUAGCCAAAUUUAGUUCAUUGUUUCAUGAAACAAAGCAAUACAAGGUAAGUGGCGUCUGACAUCAGUAGCCUUUCUCUAUGGGGAAGUGGUAACUUUUUCUAAGAGAGUAAUGUUAUGCAUUAAGAUGAAUGACGUUCAGAGAUUUGUAACCUAAAUACAAUAGCAAAAUAAAUUUUAUUAACUUUUUGUUCAAAAUAUUUAUUUCAGCAUUUUACAUAGUUGGGAAAAUAAGUACUUGGGGGGGGGUAUUUUUCAAUUUUAUUUCUCCUGAAUGAAAAAGAAUCUUGAUUCAAUCAAUGACUAUAAAGCACCUUGCAUACCUAAAACUGAUAUUGAUUAGCCAAUUAGAUAAAACAAAUCAAUCAAACUGCUACACAUCUUUACAUGUUACUUGACAAAAUUAGGGCAUUCUUAAGGAAAUAAAAUAAUUUCAAU